AUGCCGUCCGGCGCUGGACCCAGCAGCCCCGCAGCUGCACUCGCUGAAGCGCUGGAAAACUCUUCCCAGCUGAUCGACAAACAUCUGCUGGAGGACCGAUGCUUCCCUGACCUGUCGGAGCUGCUCAGCGUCCCAUGUCACAAUAUGCCGUCCCUCUCUGGAGUGUCGGACAUGGACUACCCCCUGCAGGGACCGGGUUUACUCAGUGUGCCAAACCUCCCGGAGCUCAGUGCAGUCCGCCGGGUCCCUCUGCCGCCAGAGCUGGUGGAGCAGUUCAGCCAUAUGCAAUGUAACUGCAUGAUGGGAGUUUUCCCAGAGAUCUCUCGAGCAUGGCUUACUAUUGACAAUGACAUCUUUAUGUGGAAUUAUGAAGAUGGGGGAGAUGUGGCCUAUUUUGAUGGCCUUAUUGAAACAAUUCUGGCAGUGGGCCUUGUAAAACCAAAACAAGGGAUUUUACAGCCACAUAUCCACUACCUCUUAGUACUGGCCACCUCAGUGGAUGUAGUGAUCCUCGGGCUGAGCUUCCCCAAGAGCCAGGCUGGGUUGAAUGACAGCAUGUCUGGUGCGAUGCAGCUCCUUCCAGACCCCCUCUUCUCAAUCCCCACAGACAACACCUACAUCAUUUCCAUCACCUCCACAGACCUGGGACGCAUCUUUAUGGCAGGAAAGGACGGCUGCCUUUAUGAGAUCGCUUACCAGGCCGAGGCGGGAUGGCUGAGCCAGCGCUGCAGAAAAAUCAACCACUCCAAAAGCUCUCUGUCCUUCCUCGUGCCCUCUGUGCUCCAGUUCUCCUUCUCUGAAGACGACCCCAUUGUGCAGAUUGCGAUUGACAACUCCCGCAACACACUUUUCACACGCUCAGAGAAAGGUGUCCUGCAGGUGUAUGACCUGGGUGCUGAUGGACAGGGCAUGAGUCGUGUGGCAACCAUGUCUCAGAACACAAUUGUUGCUGUUGCUGGAAACAUUGCCAGGACAAUAGAUCGUUCAGUAUUCAAACCUAUCGUCCAGAUCUCUGUGAUUGACAGAUCUGAGUCGUCAGACUGUCACCUGCUUGCUGUCAGUCAUGCAGGUGUGCGUCUCUACUUCAGCACUACACCUUUCUCCCUCCCACACCAGAGGCACCUGGCAGUGCGACCUAGCCUGCUGGCUUUGGUCCACGUCCGCCUGCCGCCCGGGUUUUCUGCAUCCUCUACCCUCCAAAAACCUGCAAAGGUCCAUAAGGCACUUCACAGCAAAGGUAUUCUGUUAAUGGCUGCUUCAGAGACAGAAGACAGUGACAUCCUCUGGUGCAUCAACCAUGACUCCUUCCCCUUCAAGAAACCCUUGAUGGAGACUCAGAUGAUGUCUAAUGUCGAUGGACACUCUUGGGCUCUUUGUGCCAUUAAUGAGGAGAGACCAUCCAAGAUAUCUUCUCCUCUGAACACAGCACUGAUCCCCAUCACUGAUUCCCCUGUGGUGGUCCAGCAGCACAACAUCCCUCCACAGAAGUUUGUGCUUCUCUCUGCAAAGGGGAGUCAUAUCUUCCAAAAACUGCGGCCGGUAGACCAGCUCCGUCACCUGCUGGUGAGCUGUGCCGGAGGAGAGAGUGAGGAGGUGGAGCGUUUCUUCAAGCUGCACAGGGAGGAGCAGGCUUGUGGCACAGCACUGAUCCUGGCCUGUUCCAGUUCCGCCUGUGACAGAGAGGUUUCACAGUGGGCCACCAGAGCUUUCUUCAGAUAUGGAGGGGAAGCACAGAUGAGAUUCCCAGCAGCCAUGGGAUCUCCGAGUACUGUUGGACCUGUGAUGAGCUCUCCAGCACCAGGCAUCGUGCCCCCAGCUUUGGCUUCACCUUUCACACCGAUGCAUUCUGGGUCGGCCCCCCUCACACCCAUGACGGCUGGCCCAGAGGUGAUCUUCUCAGGGAAACACAACGGCAUCUGUAUCUACUUUGCUCGCAUUCUCGGAAAUAUUUGGGAUGGAAGUCUUGCUUUUGAGAAAACCGUGGCCAAUGGGAGUCAGACUGUUACUAUUUUGGAAAGCAGCGUUAGUUCAUUUGAUCUGGAGUCGGUACUUUUGGAGCUCGGCGGUUUGAGGGAGUUUCUGGAAAACUCUCAGUUCAGUCCCUCGGCUCUGGGUGCUGCAAGUUUCAGCUCCCCUGCCAACCUGCAGCAAAGGCUGCUUGGAUUUAUGCGUCCUGACGGAGCCAACACUCAGCAGGUCCAGCAGGAACUCCAGAGGAAAUUUCACACCAAGGCUCAGGUGUAUGAGAAAGUGUCUCUGCAGGGCAUCCAGCAGUUGGUGCAUCGCUGCUACCAGACUCUGGCCCUCCUGAAGCUUCUCUGUGAUCAUCAGUUCAGCCUCAUUAUGUCUGAGCUGCCGAAGGAGUUUCAGGAGCAGAUGAAGGCAGCAAGUUUUAAGGAUGUAGUGAUUCGGGGCAAGGAGCUGUCUGGAGCGCUCAUCACCGCCGUCAUUAAUGUCUACAUCAAAGAUAACGCGUCUGUGGAGGCCAUCAGCAAUCACCUGCGAGACAUCUGCCCCCUGCUGUACAGCAGCGACGACAGCGUCUGCUCCAAGGCGAAUGAAUUGCUGCAGAGCUCUAAGCAGAUCCAGAACAAAGCCGAUAAAGAGCGAACACUGAAGGAGUCUCUACGGCUCUAUCAGCAGAUCAGCCAACACACAGAUCUGCCGCUCGUCUGCUCCCAGUACAGACAAGUGCGUUUCUACGAGGGCGUCCUUGAGUUGUGCCUCACAGCAGCAGACAAGAAGGACCCACAGAGGCUGGGGCCCCACUUCUACAAGAACGGAGAGCCCGAGGAGGACGGGGCGGGACAGCAGGCCUUCCAGGAAAGGCUUUGCUGUUAUAAGUGCAUCACAGACACCAUGCAGGAGCUGGUGAACCAGAGCAAGGCGGCCCCUCAGUCCCCCAGCGUACCGAAGCAGCCCGGGCCUCCUGUCAUGACCUCUGACCCCAACAUGCUCAGUAAUGAAGAAGCUACAGCUCAUUUUGAGCAGAUCCUGGGUCUGGCCCAGCGGUCUCAGGACGAGCUGUUUCACAUCGCUCUGUACAACUGGCUGAUUCAGGCCGACCUGACUGACAAGCUGCUAGAGGUGAAUUCUCCGUACCUGGAGGAACAUCUGAUGCAUAUGAUCAAGCAGGACCAGAGUAAGGUGCACAACAUGGACCUGUUGUGGCGCUACUACGAGAAGAACCGUAACUUUGGCAAAGCGGCUCACGUACUCGCUCGUCUCGCUGACAUGCACAGCACUGAGAUCUCACUGAAGCAGCGUUUGGAGUACAUCGCCCGAGCCAUCCUGUCUGCUAAGAGUUCCUCCUGCAUCUCGGCUCAGGCGUCUGACGGAGAGUUCCUCCACGAGCUGGAAGAAAAGAUGGAGCUGGUGCGUAUUCAAGUCCAGAUCCAGGACACCCUGAUCAGACAGUACUCCCAUCAUCCCUCAGUGAAAAAUGUCAUCUCUCAGUUAGACUCUGAGCUCAUGGACAUCACCAAGCUCUACGGGGAGUUUGCUGACCAUUUCAAAUUGUCCGAGUGCAAACUGGCCAUCAUUCACUGUGCGGGACACUCCGACCCAAUCCUGGUGCACUCGCUGUGGCAGGAGAUCAUGGAGAAAGAAAUGGCGGACAGCGUGGCCAUGAGUCCAGCAGACAGGAUGAGGACUCUCAGUUUGAAACUGGUCUCACUGGGAAGGAUUUACGCCGGGACACCAAGAUAUUUCCCUCUGGAGUUCCUAGUGAAGUUUCUAGAGCAGGAAGUGUGUCGGCUGAACUGGGAUGUGGGCUUCGUCACUUGCACCAUGCAGGAGAUCGGAGUUCAGUUACCGCGCCUCCUCGAGGUCUAUGACCAACUCUUCAAAACCAGGGAUCCCUGUUGGCAGCGGCUGAAGAAACCUCUCCACCUGGUGGAGUGUAUCCACGUUCUUCUGUCAGGAUACGUGGAUGAUCCCAGCAGAGUACCAACCUAUGACAGACGCCGGUUCACGAACGUGUGUCUGGACAACAUCUGUGGAUACCUGGUGGAGCUGCAGUCUCUGAGCCCCAACUCGGCCCUUCAACAAACCAUCGGGAACUUCAAGUCCCUGCAGGCGAAGCUGGAGAAACUCCACUGACGCUAGCCAUGCCGUUCUUCACGGGACAGGUGACCUCUGGAUCUCGCACUGUUGGCCUUAAUUAAACAGCUGAUCGAGUUUGCUUCUUUUUCCCUUCAGUUUGAUACGUUCCAGCUUAGCGAGUGCUUUAUAACGGACUUUGGUAGCCGAUAACUCUUAAGUCUUCUGAUAAAGAUGAGGGAGACCGAAGAAGUUUUAUAACUUAUUUAAUACAUUUUGUUCUAAGUCUAAACAUUAUGCUGAAAUACAACUUGGUUAUCUGCAUUGUGUUCAAAUAGCUAGGUCUAAAAUAUGGAUGUCUAAAUUGACAAGAUAUUUGGGUUUUCAUGUAUUGAAAAAGCAGUUAUUGAUAAUGAAUUUUUGAUAUCGUAUGACUACCCUAUGUAAAGAUACCUGACCUAAGUCUUUUGAUCACAGGGGAGUCAUUCAGAUUUUUCUACGUUACCUCCAAACAAAGUGAUGGAUGUUGUAAUUAUGUACAUAACUUGGCCACAAUGUCGUCUCUUCUGCCAAAGGUCAUUCAAACAACUCAACAUUUUUUUUCCAUGUGUAUCAUUUACAUUUUGUCUUUUUGGCUGAUUUAAGUGAUUGUUUUGAAUGUAGAGCAAGUUUUUAUCCCGGUGCAGAUCACAGUGCUACACCGAAAUCUUUGAAAAAAAACAUAAAACAUUUUUUAUAAAGAAA